CGAGAGGAGAGAAAUGCGAAGGGAUGUAAGAUGGCAGAGCUACAAAUGUUGUUAGAGGAGGAAAUCCCCUCCGGUAAACGAGCCCUUGUCGAGAGCUACCAGAACCUUUCCCGGGUGGCGGAAUACUGUGAAAACAACUAUGUUCAGGCCCAAGACAAGAGGAAGGCCCUGGAGGAGACUAAGUCUUACACCACCCAGUCUCUAGCCAGUGUGGCAUACCAAAUCAAUGCCUUAGCCAACAAUGUGCUCCAGCUACUUGACAUCCAGGCCUCACAACUACGACGCAUGGAGUCCUCCAUUAACCAUAUUUCACAGACGGUGGAUAUUCACAAGGAGAAAGUGGCUCGUCGGGAGAUUGGCAUCCUGACCACCAAUAAAAACACCUCUCGCACCCAUAAGAUCAUCGCCCCUGGUAACAUGGAGCGUCCCGUGCGCUACAUUCGAAAACCAAUUGAUUACACACUGCUGGAUGAUGUGGGACAUGGAGUAAAGUGGCUUAAAGCCAAGCAAAAUGGGAACAAUGCUGCAGGACGUGGAGGAGGAACACUGUCUCGCACCAACCCGCCGACCCAGAAACCCCCAAGUCCUCCAAUGGCUGGUCGCGGUACCUUAGGGCGCAACACGCCUUACAAGACACUAGAGCCAGUGAAGCCUCCAGUGGUUCCCAACGACUACAUGACAAGCCCAGCCCGACUGAGCAGCCAGCAAAGCCCUGCACGUACAGCCUCACUCAAUCAGAGGCCCCGCACACACAGUGGCAGCAGUGGUGGCAGUGGAGGCAGGGAGAAUAGUGGAAGCACUGGUGUGGGUGUCCCUUUGGCGGUUCCAACACCUUCUCCUCCGAGUAUGGGCCCCUCGGUGCCGCAAGGUCCCGGGCUUGGUCCAAUCCCCAUGUCUCAGUUUGGCACCAUCUCCCGGCAGAUCUCGCGUCACAACUCCUCCACCACUUCCUCAGCCUCCAUGGUGUCUGCCACUGGGACGUAUCGCCGAGCUCCCUCUGUUUCCUCUCAACAACCCCAUGUUAACGGGGGUCCCUCAUUUCCCCAAAACUCAGUGUCUGUGGCUCCUCCGCCUCCUCCGAUGGUCCAGCUGACACCACAGAUCCCCUUAACUGGCUUUGUAGCCAGAAUGCAGGAGAGCAUAACAGAUAGCCCAGCUCCACCUCCACCACCUCCACCUGAAGACUUGGGUGUGUUUGAGGAGCCCUCACCCCCGCCUCCUCCUCCGCCUGUCGACUAUGAAGACGAGGAGGCUGCAGUUGUCCAUUACAGUGACCCUUAUGCUGAUGGAGAUCCCCACUGGGCUCCAAAGGCCUAUUUAGAGAAAGUUGUUGCCAUCUAUGACUACAGCAAGGACAAGGAGGAUGAGUUAUCCUUCAUGGAAGGUGCCAUCAUUUAUAUCAUCAAGAAAAAUGACGACGGCUGGUUUGAAGGCGUCUGCAACGGUGUCACAGGUCUCUUUCCAGGAAAUUAUGUCGAGUCCAUCAUGCACUAUGCUGAUUAG